CAGUCCCUCAAUACAGUUCAAAGCACGAGGUUGUGUAGCAAGUUUGCUGAUAUGAAUAUUCAAUGUAAAACUUUUAAAUCAUAUUUCAAGGCUCCAUUUGUAGUAUAAUUUAACGGAAGUUUGAACUCCACUCCAGCAGACGGCGACUAAAUUCAAAUUUAGGACGAAAGGAAAUGACGUCACAAACUUUUCAUUGGUCGGUUAAGUCUGGGGCGGCUUGUUUGGAUUUUGAUUUUGCCAUACGAGCUGAUAACUAUUUCUGAUCGUUUGUCCUGUAACUAAGGAGCGUUUGUGUUGAAGUGUCCUAUAUUAGAAGAGAAAUCAUGGACGAGUCGACGAUUCGGAUAUUACAAAAGCUGAUACGACAGAUUCCGGCGCAGUCUUUACAGACAAUGCUGACUAAAUGGGCUCAUUUUACGAGGCAGCAAAUCAUGUCACUGAACUUCAAGCUAACAAAAGCUGUACUGACGGAGGACAUACUCGUGCUUUGCGAGGAAAAUGGCCUGACAGUUAAACACAUCACAGAACUCGAAAUGCUGUACGUCAUUGAUAACCCUAACCAUGGGAUGUGGUAUGCGUACCAGUUCCUGGAUGCCGUAGACGAGACCCAGCCCACGGAGCUGACCCAGUUCAAGAAAAAGUUCAAAAUCCACCUCAAGCAGCUCAUCAGUCAUGUGUCAAUCAAGAUCAAGAAGCACACGGAUGAGGCUGUCUGGAUACGUGUUGCCUGGGGCGACAGCUUCACUCGUCCGAACCACAUGAAGCCUACAUACGUGGUCCACCAUCUUCAGACACCGUAUGUGUUUGUGAGCAACUUGACGGCCAAGCACAGACCUCUGCUCAACCAGGCUCUGGUUCUGGCUUGUGGGUACUGCUCCGUAAAGGACGCUCAACUCAGCGGACGCAAACUGACGUCAAUCAGAGACUUACUGAUGAGACAGUACCAGCAGGUGUUUUCUACAAAGUACCAACAACACCCACUUACGGAAAAUGUUGCACCCCCAAAAAAUCCCAACAUAGAGAGAGAACAAGCAGAAAAUGCCGGAAACAGGAUUCAAAUGGCCUGUGAGGCCUUUGGCAGCGGUAAAGUCCCUGAACUGCAAACCGCCAUCUACAAGCUAGAGACCAGGUUCAAAGACCGCUCCAACCAACACAUGACGGGAAGGGACGAUCCUUUCAGAUGCGUGGUCAAGUUCGCUAGCCCCAACCUCCUGGAGUCCCUCAAGCACUGCGUGUCCUCAGGAAUGGCCUCCACACCUGUCACACCCCUGCUGUCCUCCAUCACCCAGAAAGGAAGGAACUACUUUGUCAUCACAGAUAAGGGCUUGGGCUCUUCACCGAGAUAGCAUCAACAGAACUGAAUGUGAAAAUGCAUUUUCCACCAUUUAUUCUAUUGCUUAUGUAUUUCAGGAAUGUGUAUAUACUUUUUUAAAGUAUGUUUUAUUAAAGCAUGUGUCAUUUCACACGGCUUCUGUUAGAUAUGUUUAGCCUUAGGUCAUUACCAUCAUACAUAUACAGUAUACAUUGAUUUUCCUUUAAUGUAAUAGGAAAAUAUUUUACACGUCUGUUUUUACUCCUGUAUGUAAAUAAACU